UCAGGCUGAAUUUCUAACGUGGGGUUUUGUAUUUCUCCUCCAUUCCCUCCCAAGCUCCAGCUCCAAGGGGUGUCGGGCAGAGGGAGCCCAGCCUGGGGGCCUGGAGGGCAGCUCCGAGCCCGGGGAGCUGCAGAGCUCGGAGGGAGCAGCAGCAGAGGAAGGAGCUGGGCUGUGUCAGAAGCACGUCCUGCACCUGCUGCCCGGGAUGAGCAGUGACAGUGACAUCGAGUGUGACACGGAGAACGAGGAGCAGGAAGAUGCCACCUCCCCCUCCGAGGUGUUCAACCAGGCCUUCUCUGCCCAGCCCUCCAAUGAAGGACACUCCUCGGUGGUAGCAGAUGGGGACCAGGCCAGCUCUGAGGAUCUCAGCUUUGUCCCUGCAGAUGACAGCACCAGGCCUUCUCCAGCAGGAGAGUUCUCAGUGCACCCUGCCUUUGUCUGGAGCAGGUAGAGCGUGGGCUCGGGGCCUGGAGAUCCUCGGCUGCGUCCCUGGGGAGGUGUGGGAGUCCCUGGAGCUGUGCCCACGCUGUGCCCUCUCCACUCUGGGUUCUUCUGCCAUUGUCUCACCCUGCCCUGGGCACGAGGACUUUGCAGGGGUGGCCCUGCUGCUCCACCAGCACGUGGGGAAGGUGCUGAGCCCCAGGCUGGGAUGAGAGUCCUGCUGUGCCCCUGGAAUGAGCAGAGUGUGCCUGUCCUUUGGGAUGCUGGGGGAAUCAGCCACCACUCCAUUGUUUCCCCAGUUGGUGACGUGGACCAACCACACCCAUUGCCAAACUUUGUUCGUUGCAUUUUGAGCUGCUGAAGUCCUUGUGAAGCUCCUGUGGGAGCUGAUGCCUGGUUAGUGACAAAGCAUGAGCCCUGUCAGUACCUGCUGGUGUUGUCCUCGUGUGGCUGCCCGUGCCCUGUGUCCGUGUGAAUGUGCUCUACAACUCCUGGUUUUAAACUGUUUGCACUUUGUUAAUAAAAUGAAUGUUGAAAUCUGAA